CAGCACCCAAAAACCUCAGAUUCUCUAGUCCUAGGUUUAACUAACGCCAGGACCACCAUCAAACUCCCGAAAGAAUCCUCAACCUUAAACCUUAAACUUUCAUCCCAAAUGUUGGACAUGAUAGAGCCCUUAAGAGAAGUGAGGGACGGGUACCUAAUUUCUCUGAAUCUAGGCUCACCCCCACAGGUCGUACAAGUGUAUAUGGAUACCGGGAGUGAUCUCACUUGGGUGCCUUGUGGAAAUCUCUCUUUCAAUUGCAUUGAUUGUGACGACUAUACAAACAAUACCCCCAUGUCCAAUUACUCACCGUCGCAUUCGUCUUCUUGUGUUCGGGAUUCUUGCGCUAGUCAGUUUUGUAUCGAUGUUCAUAGCUCUGAUAAUCCUUACGAUCCUUGUUAUAUUGCUGGUUGCUCGUUAAGUACCCUAAUGAAGGCCACUUGCUCAAGGCCAUGCCCUACCUUCGUGUACACGUAUGGGGAAGGUGUUGUUGCGGGUACUCUAACCAGGGAUACGUUAAGAGUCCAUGGAAAUACUGAAGGUGUUACUAGAGAGAUAGCCAAUUUCGACUUUGGGUGCGUAGGAUCAACUUAUAGAGAGCCCAGGGGAAUUGCAGGGUUUGGGAAAGGUUCGCUUUCUCUACCUUCUCAGUUAGGUUUUCUCCAAAAGGGCUUCUCUCAUUGUUUCUUGGCUUUCAAGUUCGCCAACAACCCUAAUAUUUCUAGCCCAUUGGUUGUUGGAGAUCUUGCAAUAUCUUCAAAGGAACAUUUGCAGUUCACUCAAAUGUUGAAGAAUCCCAUGUAUCCAAAUUCCUAUUAUAUCGGGCUAGAGGGUAUAACUCUCGGCACUGGCUCGGGUUCCAUGAUUCGAGUUCCUACAAACUUGAGAGAUUUUGAUUCAUCCGGAAAUGGGGGUAUGUUGAUAGAUUCAGGAACAACAUACACUCAUUUACCCCAACCAUUCUUCUCUCAACUUCUCGCGGAACUUGAAUCAGUCAUCGACCACCCUCGAGCUACUGAGGUGGAGGAACGAACGGGGUUUGAUCUCUGCUAUAGGGUUCCAUGUACCAACAACGUUACAAACGGUAUGAAAAUUAUGGAUGUGGAUGACCAUCUUCUUCCUUCAAUCACAUUCCACUUCUUGAACAAUGUGAGCCUGGUUUUACCCCAAGGGAACAACUUCUAUGCAAUGAAUGCACCUCGAAACUCGACAGUGGUCAAGUGUUUGUUGUUCCAAAGUAUGGAUGAUGAAGAUUAUGGACCAGCUGGGGUUUUUGGGAGCUUUCAACAACAGAAUGUGGAGGUUGUGUAUGACAUGCAGAAGGAGAGAAUAGGGUUCCAAACAAUGGAUUGUGCCUCUUCUUUAGCUUUCCAACAACUUCACAAACCUUAA